GGUCAAAGAGCUUCAACAAGGACGGAAGAUGGCGGCGCCCUCCAAGAAAGUGUUCGAGCUUUUCGUUAAUAAAAUCCCGUGGACUGUGGCUACCAAGGAAAUGAAGGAGUACUUCAGUCAGUUUGGCCAAGUGAGGAAGUGUAUUCUGCCCUUUGAUAGAGACACUGGCUUCCACAAAGGAGUCUGCUGGAUCGGAUUCACAACAGAGGAAGGACUGACCAACGCACUGCAGAAAGAGCCACAUGUACUGGAGGGAACUAAGCUCCAGGUUCAGAAGAACCGGCCGUUCAUGGGUCAGAGGUCAAACAGAGGAGAGUCUGACUGAGGCCUGAGGACAACGGACCCACCAGGACCAGCUGAUGACCUUUACUCUCUGGUUCUCCUCCUCUGGUUCUCCUCCUCUGGUUCUCCUCUGGUUCUCCUUCCAUCUGUUCUCCAUUCCUCAGUGGUUCUGCUGUUCAUUCUCCUCUGGUUCUCCUCUGGUUCUCCUCCUCUGGUUCUCUUCCUUCAUCAGUGGUUCUGCUGUUCGUUCUCCUCUGGUUCUCCUCUGGUUCUCCUCCUCUGGUUCUCUUCCUUCAUCAGUGGUUCUGCUGUUCGUUCUCCUCCUCUUCCUGUUCUUCUGUGCUUCUCCUUUGUGUUCAGUCCAGUUUUACCGUUUGUAUUUAUUCGUUGCUGAUCUCUGAACUCUGUACUCGUGUCCUGAACGGACAUGUGAGUCCAAACCAAACGGACAGUCCUCGUUAUUCGUGUCAAUAAAACCCAGAUGUGAUGUCA